CGGGCCAGCGCUGACCCGGCCGAGCCCAGGGAGAGCGGGAGACUGGGCGGCGCCUAUGGGGCGCUGUCGCACCAUGUGAGGGACCAGACACACCUGCAGCGGACCUACGGCAGCGAUAGAUCCGCCCGUAUCAUCUGCUACUUCAGCAACUGGGCCAUCUACCGCAAAGGCCUGGGCAAGUACGGCAUCGACGACAUCCCGGCCGAGAAGUGCACCCACUUGGUGUACUCCUUCAUCGGCGUCAGCAACGUCACCUGGGGAACGCUCGUCCUUGACCCAGAGCUGGACGUCGACCAGGGAGGCUUCCAAAAGUUUGUAAGCCUUCGGGACAAACAUCCCGGCUUGAAGACUUUGGUUGCUGUCGGUGGCUGGGGAGAGGGAGGAAAGAAAUAUUCUCAGAUGGCAAGAGAUCCCAGCAAGAGGAAGUCGUUCAUCCAGUCCAUAGUUCGCUUCAUGCGGAAGUACCAGUUCGACGGGUUCGACCUGGACUGGGAGUACCCGGGCGCCACCGACCGCGGCGGCACCUUCAAGGACAAGGACGCCUUCCGUGACUUCGUCGGCGAGCUGAGGGCCACGUUCGACGCGCAGGGCAUGGGCUGGGAGAUCUCCAUGGCCGUGCCGGUGGCGAAGUUCCGGCUGCAGGAGGGGUAUCACGUCAGCGACCUGUGCAAGAUGAUCGAUGCCGUGCACGUGAUGACAUAUGACCUGCGAGGGAACUGGGCCGGCUUCACCGAUGUCCACUCGCCCCUUUACAAGCGGCCCUUCGACCAGUGGGCCUACGCGACACUGAAUGUGAACGACGGCCUGAAGCUGUGGGUCUCGGAGGGCUGCUCGCCGGACAAGCUGAUCGUGGGGGUGCCGUUCUACGGGCGCACCUACACGCUGGGCAGCAAGGACAGCACCGGGCUGCGCGCCGGCAUCAAGAAGUGGGAGGGCGGCGGCAAGAAGGGCCCCUACACAAAGGCACGCGGCUUCCUCGCCUACUACGAGAUCUGCCCUCACGUGGGGGAGGGCGGCAACUGGACCAAGAAGUACGACGACAUCGGCAAAUGCCCCUACGCCUACCACGAUGACCAGUGGGUGGGUUAUGAAGACGAGGAUUCCCUUCAGAUCAAAAUGGACUUCAUCAAAGCCAACGGCUACGGUGGUGCCAUGGUGUGGGCUGUUGACAUGGACGACUUCCAUGGACUCUGCGGAGAGAAAAAUGCGCUCAUGAACGUGCUAUAUCGCAAUAUGAAGGAUUACAAGGUGCCGCAACCGCCGACGACCACCCCCAAACCAGUACCGAGCUGGAUGACGCCCUGGGAGCUGCCGACCGCCCACCCAGUGGACACCACUCCGCCAUCGGCCGGCGGGUCCGCCACCACCACCGCAACCACUGCAACCACGGCCACCAUAACCACCGAGGCCCCGACUGCCGCUUCCACCACC